GAGAGGACUGCCUUAAACUCUUUGGAGUCGAUCAUGCCGGCAGAAAUUCUGAGCAGCCAAACUUAUGUAACUGUAUCAUCCAGCUGCUCUACACCAUCGAAAGCAUCCAUCUAUUUCUCUUCCUCUAAAUCACUCUCCCCUUCCCAUUUACCAGAAGCAAACCAGUCUCUUAUUGAACGUCUUAAGGCUGAAUGUCUGUUAUCAUCCCUUGCUGUCUGCAUUCCUCGUCUUGACUUGGGCGUGUAUUCUUUUAUUCCACAUGGAGUGACAAAAGCACCCUGCACUGAUAAUUCAUACAUCUGCCACAAGGACUCUGCCACUUCCCCAACUUUAAAGAAGGCAGAGCAUGUUAUGCUAGAUAGUCCAAUUAAUCACAGGACUCCUGGUAAUUUGAAAGCGGUUGCCCAACACUUGUUUCUACCACUUCAACCACCUACGGUCUCUCCACCUGCCUCUGUAGCUAAUAGCAAAAACCGACCGCCUGUUGUGACUAAAGAACGAGCUGGUACUGGCACGGGUCGUAAAGUUUGUGUGAGUGGACUGAAUGUUAGCCGGUGGUCUAAGAAGGGUGCUGGAGAAUUCCAAGACAAAAGAAGGAAAAGGGAAGGCCGAACAAAGGCUGCUUCAGGAGACUACAGUUCAUGGGGCAGUAUGUUGUCUACUGGAGCAGACACCUUUGUAAAGGAAUCCGCAUGUGGCAUGGUGCAGGGCACCAGUGGGUUGAGUCUGGCUGUGACACCUCUCAGACUUGAGCAAAUGAAUCUCUCUUCUUUUCUGGCCAACUUCACUCCUGACAAUCUCACAACACACUCCUGGGGCAGACUAAAGGCGGCACUUUCCCUGCAUAAGAAAAAAACUGCAUUUCCCACCCCACGGCGCUUUGCUCAGUCUCACCUGAAGUCCCCUGGCAUUGGAUUUCCAGCAGACAACAGUCUAGACCUUUUUGCUUCGCCUUUCUGCACACCAUCCAGAAUGAAAAGUUCACAGAUGCUCCAGUCCACUAUGAACACCCCCAUGACUACAUUUCAAGAGGAUAUCAGUGAUGCAGAAAAGGUAUAUCAGGAAUGUCAGCAGAGCGGCCCACUUUCGUUUAGCGACUGCAUCCCUCCUGCUCGCAUGAAGCACCUCAAUAAAAUUGGUGAAGGGACAUUUGGAGAGGUCUUCUCAACUAUAAAUGAUUCCAAUGAGAGUGUUGCUCUCAAAAUCAUCCCAGUAGAAGGCAGUCAGCAGGUCAAUGGUGAACAUCAGAAAACAUUUGGGGAAAUCCUUCAUGAAAUCAUCAUUUCCAAAGAGCUGAGCAGCCUUAACCUGAAGGAGUUUAACAAGUCGGAUGGUUUCAUUGGACUUAACAACCUACAUUGUGUCCGUGGGUGUUAUCCUGAAGCUCUGCUUAAAGCAUGGGACAAGUUUGACCAUCAGAAAGGGUCAGAGAAUGAUCGACCUGAUUUCUUUGAUGACGAACAGCUAUUUUUAAUCCUGGAGUUCGAAUUUGGAGGAAGUGAUCUGGAAAACAUGAAUGGCAAGCUAUCCUCUAUGGCCCAGGCCAAAAGUGUGCUACAUCAAGUCACUGCAUCCUUGGCUGUAGCCGAGCAAGCGCUUUGCUUUGAACACAGAGAUCUUCAUUGGGGGAACAUACUGGUGAAGAACGUCAAGCACAAGCACAACGAAUUCAUUCUGAAUGGAACAGUUCAUUGCAUUGAGACACGAGGAGUUCACGUCAAUAUUAUUGACUACUCGCUCUCACGCCUGGAAAUCGAUGGACUGACUGUAUCAUGCGACAUCUCUUCCGAUGAGGAGUUGUUUAUGGGUCAGGGAGAUUAUCAGUUUGAAAUCUACCGUCUUAUGAAGAAAGAAAACAAAAACUGUUGGUCGGCAUAUAAUCCUCAUUCCAACGUGCUGUGGCUGCACUAUCUGGCUGAUAAACUUUUGAGCAUGAACUACAGGAACAAAACCCAGUCCAGCCAGCAGAGGACACUGAAGAGUGCCCUCAAUGCUUUUAAGUCAGAGAUAAUGAAUUAUCCGUCAGCUACAGAAGCUCUUAUGAAGUGCAGUUUCUUUCAGUGA